CUUACCCGAUCAUCUCUGUCUCUUGCUCUACCUGAGACAAGAGCAGAACACCGCAUACAUCUACCCCUCAUUUUAACAUUCGACGUUCCUUUCUCACAAACCACAACCAACCCCUCCUACUUCCACCUCAUUCAAUUGCCCAUCAUGACUUCGGGAUGGAACAACACCGAAACAAUGGCCACAAUGGCCAAAGAACGUGAAAAUCCUCCUUUUGACAUUCGUGCAAUGGCAAUCGCACAUCAUGGAUCAAAACGCGAUUUAGAACUGAAAGAAAAGUUCAUGUUGGAAAUCUCUCGUGAUCCUGCUUAUUAUGCAGUUGAUAUUCAUGAUCUUACAAAAGAUCAAACUCGUCAAAGAACAAUGGCAAAAAUUGGUUCUUUAGUUCAUUGCGUUACAAAUGAAUCAAUUGAAAUUUUUCAAAAACGUAUGGAAGUAAUUGGACUUUUCGAUCCUGGCUUUUGGACUCGUUUUGGUGUUCAUUAUGGUCUUUUCGUAGGUGCAAUUCGUAGUGCCGCAACUCCAAAUCAAUUCAGCUAUUGGCUCGAAAAAGGUGUGAUCGGAUGCAAGGGCAUGUUUGGAUGUUUCUGUAUGACAGAAUUAGGACAUGGAUCCAACGUUGCCGGUCUAUUGACAACUGCAACUCUAGACUUAAACACAGACGAAUGGAUUAUUCAUACACCCGAUCUUCUGGCUACCAAAUGGUGGAUCGGUGGUGCAGCUGAAUCCGCUACACAUGGUGCCGUUUUUGCUCAAAUGAUUAUCAAAGGUAAACGUCAUGGUGUAAAGACUUUUAUUGUUCCUUUGCGUGAUCCUAAAACAUUCCAACUUUUACCCGGAAUCAACAUCGGUGAUAUCGGUAUGAAGAUGGGCAGAAAUGGUAUCGAUAACGGUUACGUUCAAUUCACAAACGUGCGCGUUCCACGUGCAUACAUGCUGAUGAAACAUACUCAAGUUACACGGGAUGGUGAAGUGUUUGAGCCACCGCUUGCACAAUUGACAUAUGGUGCUCUGUUGCAAGGUAGAACUGCCAUGGUUGCCGAUGCUGCCAAUUCCGCAAAGAAGGCUUUGACUAUCGGUGUUCGUUAUGCUGCCGUUCGUCGUCAAUUCAAGAGUUCACCCGAUGCAGAAAGAGAGACGCAAUUGCUAGAUUAUCCUAUCCAUCAACGUAGAUUGAUGCCUUUGUUAUGUCAAUCAGUCGCUUUCGGUUUCACCGCAUUGCAAAUGACAAACUUGUUCGAAGAAACAUCUCGUGCAUUGGAAUCCCUCGAACCAGGAGACCCAAACUUGCAAGCAACAAUCGAACUACUCAAAGAAACCCAUAGUACUUCUGCCGGGCUAAAGGCAUUCUGUACUUGGGCUACCCUUGAAGCAAUCGAAAAGACCCGCCAAGCCUGUGGUGGACACGGUUACAGUUCAUACGUUGGCUUGGCACCAAUGGGACAAGAUUUCGCCGUUCACUGUACAUGGGAAGGUGAUAAUACCAUUCUGGCACUGCAAAGUGGACGUGCAUUAGUUCAAGCAUAUCAAGAAGCAAGGAAAGGUAAAGAGAUGGGCGCUGGAAUGGCAUACAUGAACAAUUUGGAUAAAUCCUUAAAAGCAAAAGCUUCAGAACAAGAUUUGGACAGCCUUGAAGGCAUCGAUCAAGGUUGGGCAUGCGUUGCUGCACAUGCUGUAAAGAAAGCAACUGAAGAUUAUGAAGGUUUAUUGAAAUCCGGUAAAUCUCGUGAUCAAGCAUUCGAGGCAUGUUCGCAAUCUCGCUUUGUCGCUGCAAGCGUUCAUACAAGUGGUUACAUUUACCGUCAGUUCCGUGCAGCUGUUGAAAGAGUUGAAAAAUCUGACGACGGCGUACGUGAACAUUUGGAAUUAUUGGCCAAAUUUUACGGUUUAUGGCAAAUGGAAGAAAAAGCAGCCUUCUUUUUGCGUUCUGGAUGGUUGAGCACAGAUUUGUUGGAUAAAGUACAAGAACGGGUAACUGAUUAUUGUGCAGAGACACGUAAAUUUGCCAUUCCUUUGGUUGAUAGUUUCGUCUUGCAUGAUCAUACGAUCAACAGUCCAUUUGCCAAGUAUGAUGGAUCUGUUUAUACAUCUUUGUUCCGUGCUGUCAAACGUAAUAACCCACAAGGAGGACCUCACAAGUACUUGGAUACAGUCAAGGGUCUCUUGUUCCGUGAAGAUGCAGAAUUAGAAGAUGUUGAUGAAGCAAUUGGAAUUGAUGAUGAAAUUCAAGAAAUUCAAGAAGAACGGGCUGAAGCUGAAAAAGAACAAAAUGAACAAAAAGAAGCAGGAGUAACGAAAGAAGCAGCUGAGCCUGAUGGAAAGAACAAGGAAUAGAGAGUGCUAUUCUUUUUUU